AUGAUGGUUGAAAUGUGGCUUCUCUGGUGGCCAAAAACCACCGCCACCACAAGCACCACCUCCACUAACACCUCCGUCGCCACCUCCGCUGCCUCACAAAAGGACUCAAACUGCUGCUGCAUGAGCAAGAAAACCCUCUCUAAACUCGUCAAAAAGCUCAAGAAACAUGGCGCCAAAAUGCUGCACCAUUCAAACCUCUCCACCUCCAGAACCAGACCACCUUCCUCUUCAUUCCAAUGCCACUACGACCCUUUGAGCUAUUCUCUCAACUUUGAUACCACCGGCUCCGGUAGCCUCGUUGACGACGAAGAUUAUUACUACAAAUUCUACGCUUUCUCUUCAAGGUUCGUCGCCACCUCAAAGCCCUCUUCCUCUCCAACCUCGCAGUCCUAA